AUGAACACCAUGAAGCCAGGCGAUGAGCUGGGACAGCACGACGGCACGCCCGACUCCAUUGCCAAAAACCCUGAGCUGUAUCGCGAUGCACACUCGGAAGAGGCGAUCAGCGAGAACAGUGAGAAACAGGCUGGUGUCAAGCGCAUUGAGGCCGUCAGCAAGACAUGGACGAGGUCGAGCUUAGUCGUCGCUUACGUCACAUUGCUGCUCAUUGCCAAUGUCACGUCCCUCGAGAUCCAGGUCACGGGACUUCUGACGCCGUACGCGACGAGUGCUUUUUCGUUGCAUUCGCUCAUCUCUACGAUCUAUGUAGUACAGGGUAUCGUGAGCGCUGUUAUCAAACCACCCAUUGGAAAAAUUGCCGAUGUAUUCGGUCGCCUGGAGGCCUUCACUCUCGUCACAAUUCUUUACACUGUCGGCUACAUCCAGCAAGCUGGGUCGCACAAUGUCCAGACCUUUGCGAGCGCACAGAUCUUCUGGGCUGCUGGCUUUAACGGCAUGCAAGUCCUGCAGCAGAUCUUCGUAGCGGAUACUUCAGAUUUGCUUAACCGUGCACUCUACUCGACGCUUUUCGACCUGCCUUUCCUCUGGACUGUCUGGGCCGGACCGCAAGUGGGAGGCAAGAUCCUUGAGACAAUCUCGUGGCGGUGGGGAUAUGCUAUCUGGGCCAUUAUCUUACCGAUUUGCUUCAUUCCGCUUUUCGUCAGUCUCUUCAUCAACCAAAAGCGCGCGAAGAAGCUUGGUUAUGAUACUGGCAGCUCGAUUCGCGGCAAUACCAUCUUUGAGAAAUUCAAGAAUUUCUCGAUCGACCUGGACCUUUUCGGCUUGCUGCUCUUCAGUGCGGCGGUGUCGCUCAUCUUGCUUCCGCUCACGCUUGCGCCUCGCGCGAAGGAGCAGUGGCGCAACUCGAGCAUGAUUGCUAUGCUGGUGCUGGGAGGUGUUUUCCUGUUGGUAUUCCCACUUUGGGAGACAACCAAGAAGCUGGCACCCAAAGCCUUCUUCCCGUCUGACUUGUUCAAGAAGCGAACAGUUGUCGUGGGUACACUGAUUGCCUUCUUCUACUUCAUGGCAUUCUACCUUUCGGUCUUCCCAUACUUCCAGUCAUACCUUCAGAUUGUGCAAGGAAAGUCGGCUGUAACUGCCGGAAACAUUGUUCGCGUCUUCAGCUUUACCUCAACCAUCUCCUCAGUCGUUGUGUCUCUGAUGAUCAAGUACACCGCUCACUACAAGUACUACGUAACCCUCGGCUCUGUCAUCUACAUCAUGGGCUUGGGUCUUAUGCUUGAAUACCGCCAAGAAAGUGCCAGCACCGCCACCCUCAUCGGCACGCAAAUCGCCGUCGGCAUCGGUGGUGGCUUCCUCAACGUCCCCGUCCAACUCGGUGUCCAGGCAUCAGCUAGCCAUCAACAAGUCGCAGCUGCGACAACGGUAUGGCUUACUAUUCUUGAAGUGGGUGGCGCCGUUGGAUCCGCCAUCUCAGGCGCCAUCUGGUCGACAUACGUCCCCUCGAAGCUUCUGGCAUACCUCCCACCUGAUGUCCCGUCCGCGCCCAUCUUCGCUAGUCUCACUGUCGCGGGCAACUACACCAUGUAUCCCGUCGGAACGCCCGAGCGCAUUGCCAUCAACCGCGCAUACCAGGAGACGAUGCGAUACCUGCUCAUCGCCGCGGUGUGCGCAGCUGCGCCGAUCUUGCCGCUCAGUUUCUUUCUCAAGAACUACAAGCUCGAUCAGAUGAAGCAGCCUGUUGAGGGCAGGGUCUUUGGCAGCACAGAGCCGAAGCCUGUUGCUCCCCGAAAAGGAUGGAUGUUCUGGAAGAGGUGA